CGUGCGAAGAGGGCAGGGGCCAACGUGCGAGAAGGGUGUUACUGCGUCGGCUCGAACGUCACUGUUGUUGGCUGCAGCGCCUGUGUGAACGGACGCUUGAGGUCGGACGACGCGUUCUAUGCCUCGGAUGCCAUCUAGCCGGCCCAUGGGCCCAGCCGAUCGUGAACCGUCGCAAGCCAGGGUACGGUAGAGACGAAGAGCGCGUGGCAUACUCUAUCCGGAGCCAUGACGCAUAGAGGAGGCUGCGUUGCGAUGAAGCCCCGGAGCUUAUGUGCGUCGGCGCUGGCGCUGGCGCUGCUGCUGCUUUACCUGUGCGCGGUGCGCCAAGUGCGCGGACAGUCCGGCACGCCGACGGGGAAGAAGCGCUCCGAGGAGUACACCUACUUCAACCACGAGGAAAUGACAAACUUCCUCAAGAAGGUCUCCACGAACUAUCCGGACUUCACGCGCCUCUACAGCGCUGGAAAGUCCGUGCAAGGUCGUGACCUGUGGGUUCUGUUGGUAACGAAGGAUCCGCAGGAGGAGACGCUGCUCAAGCCCAACGUGAAGUACGUUGCCAACAUGCACGGCAACGAGGCUGUCGGUCGGCAGCUGAUGGUGUACCUGAUUGCGCACCUUCUGACGCGCUACAACGUGGACCCGUACGUGCGCUACCUGCUGGACAACACGCGCAUCCACAUCAUGCCCAGCAUGAACCCUGAUGGAUACGAGAUCUCCAAGGAGGGAGCCUGUACCGGCACUCUUGGGCGGUACAACGCUCGUGGCGUGGACUUGAACCGCAACUUCCCGGACCAUUUCAAGACUCAGACGCAGCAGCAGCAGCCGGAGACGGAGGCUGUGCGACGCUGGAUUCACCAGAUCCCGUUUGUCCUGUCCGGAAACAUCCAUGGUGGUGCCGUCGUUGCGUCCUACCCAUUCGACAACUCGCCUAAUGCAGUGUUUCACACGUAUAACAAGCCAUCGGUGACACCCGACGACGACGUGUUCCAGCACAUCGCCAGCGUGUACUCGUUUAACCAUGCCAACAUGUACCUGGGUGCCCCUUGCUCCUCGGAUCGCCAAGCGUUCCCCAACGGAACUACCAAUGGCGCAGCCUGGUAUCCCCUUGCAGGUGGCAUGCAGGAUUACAACUACAUCUGGGAAGGCUGUAUGGAAGUGACGUUUGAGAUAUCUUGCUGCAAGUUUCCUCAUCGCCGCGAGUUGCCCCGCUUCUGGGAUGACAACAAGCAGUCGCUGCUUGCCUACUUGGGAGAGGUGCACAAAGGCGUACGAGGCAUUGUUAUGGAUGAGCAUGGUAACCCAGUGGUUAAGGCUUUCCUGCGUGUUUCUAACCGCACUAUCGGCUUCAAGACCACGUCCAGGGGAGAGUACUGGAGGAUCCUCAGGCCUGGUCGUUACACACUUGAGGUUUCUGCCCCCGGUUUCCACACGGCAAAGCAAGACUUCAUCGUGCUCGAGCAGCAGAUCUCCAUCCUGAACGUGACGCUCAAGUCCUUGCACUGAGGAACCCGAGGAACCCGAACAGCUCCAGCCCGAACAGAACACGGCACAAAGCGCAGUGCCGCCACCUACGGUGGCACCCCAAGAGAAUAAGUUAGACGCCAUAAGACAAAUCCUACCAGAGCCACUUUUGCCAGCUCGCUUCUACUUUAACGGCUUCAAAUCGCUACCACUGCCUAAUAACUGACCCAUUCGAAUUUGCACAACCGCUACGCCACUGACCAAGCUGCUCUCUUAUCUUUUCUCUUCGCUGUAUGUCAUCAUGAUUUCAUCUCACGUGCACCAGUCAUAUUCACUGCUCAUUUUUUUUACCAUAAUGUCAUGUUUGUUCCACUGCAAAUGUCAGCAGCCAAUACAGCAUUUGAAGCUAAACACACAUAUAUCACAAUCUCCUUCUGCGUUACGUUUCUUUUUCUGCUACCGUGCAAGAUGUUUUCAUGUGAAUAUAUUUAAGGUUCGUCCACAGUGCAAGUCCCAGGCUUGACAUAGGUGAACCUUACGUGUUAUGUAUUUUAGACAGAACAGUAUUUUUUAUUUGGCGAAGUGGCUAUGACUGCUUCAGGACAAUAGGUUUAUGCUAAAUAUUCAACCAAGCGAAUUUCUUAGCAAAUAAGUGAUCGAACAGGUCAUUUGACAUGCAGCUUCCUGCUCAUUGAUUAAUUAAGAAUCAGUGACAGGAAUUUUUCAGCAAAGGAAACUUCCAGGAAUAAGAAUGCCUCUACAAGCAGUGAUUGGUUAGCCAUAUCGUGAGACUACUUACAGAUACACAGCAAAUCAUAAUUUCAAGAUGCACUUUCACAGUCAUAGGCUCAUCACCACCAACAUAGUCAUUGUCAUCUGUUGUGUGUAAUUAUUUUUAAUUGUGGGCAGUGUGCCUGGACACAAAGCACCUUCUGUUUUUCUUUUGUUUUUUAUCUUCCCAAAUAUUUUCGGAGAGGUUGGCCUUCUCGAAACAUAGCAUUACGAAGCUCCUUACAGGCUCCCUUUUAUCGCUUCUUUCAUGUUACACUCUUUUUUUCUAAACCUGUCAUUUCUGCUUUAAUGCACAUGUGAGUGCGGCAUGUCCAUCAGCAUAUUGUCUUUUCUUAAGCUGUUUUUUCUUGCUAACUCGGUGAUGGGGUACGCAGCACCCUUUUUUUGUCUCUGCUCUACUGUCAUCUCACUAAUAAACUUGAAACACCCACCUCCUCUGUUUCAUUUCUUGUUUUACGCGACAUUCAUCUAUAGACAUCAAGGAAUUUAAGGAGAACGGCAGGAGCACUGAACAAGACUGUCGACAAGCAUUGUUUGAGUAAUCGCACAGUAAGUUGAGACGCAUCCACACAGCUAUGCAUUCAGUCUUAAUGUUCGCUGCUGUGUUGGGCUGCUCAGAGAUAUCGACGCGAGGUGGUGAUGCGCUGUGCCUGCUUUGGUUAUGAUGCCUAUCACUUCACCUCAAUACCUGCAGUUAAGCAGGAAUGAAUGCUGGUUCUUUCCAUCAUAACUCAAGAGGCACUCGGAUAAAAAUUUUUCCGAAGCUCAACGAAUUAUAUUGCAUUUAAUCUAUACGAGUGCCGUAAUCAUCCUCAUGAAACAGCAAGCUGUGAAGCAGCCAAGUCGGCUGUUUGGUACAAAGAAGAUCUAGCAUCCCAAAAGCAAUCCUUUCUAUGCUCCCACAGAAAUUAUUCGCAGCACCCUCCUUUGAAAAUCUCGUACCCGUAAUUCUAAUACACAACACUCAUGUAUACAUGUGAGCCAAAUACAUAGUGAAUGUGAAAAGCGUAAAUGCCAAUCUUGUAAGUGCUCCCGUUGUCCUCGCUUUUAGCAAUGCACACGCUGGCCUAGCACCGAAGCUAUGUAAUUCAUCACUAACAUGCUACCACACUUAACUGGACAUCACCAACAGCCAAUAGCACCAAAUCUUUCUGGUUCGGACAUUCACUGGACAUCUACUGACCACAAAAAGGAGCCCUCUGGUGUCAGAUGGUGAAGGAUUCUGCUCAGAAGAAUGAGUACCGCAUUUCAUGAUCUAUAUUCUCGGAGGAAGAGUUCCUGCAUCCGGACUCGUCGGCGCUAAGCUUCUUCCUGGCUCCAUCGUCACUUCAGCGAGCACCUUCCAUGUGGAACUCCAUAAAGUCCGGUUUCGGAAACCUUUUUGGGAACUUCGGCUGAGUGAACUCACGGGGGUGUACCAAGUCCAUGACGCAACACUCGUGAGCGAGAGAAAGAGAGAGAGAGAGAAAGCCCGUCACUUACGUGACGAGCCGGCGUGGACGAGUGAACGCAAGGACUGUGCGAGAAUCCGCGCUCGCAGCCGACCUUCCUUCAGCUGUGCUCGAGGAGGGCGAGUGUUCCUGGAUGUGAUUUAGACCAACGAAUUAUCCCGCUUCGAAAGCCCGCAGGCUUAUUAUAGCAAAGCACAGUAUCCGCAAUUUCAGCACCGACGUCACGACAUUCGUCUCACUACAGCGUUCGCCAGCGUGUAACCUUAUGUGAGAGACUACGAAACACAGAGUUUGGUACAAAUAUCACUAAUUGGCUGCCCAGUGCUUUAACAGUCCAGCCUCACUGGGAAGGGAGUAAAUGGUCGUCCUGAAUUCAUGGUGUUUGCCGGAUACCAGCUUUCGGUAUUUAUUUCUCGUGAACUGGUCAUUGUAUUUUAUGUGCACCAGACUCUCUUUGCACAAAGGUCUUCGUUUGGCUGGCGUCUGCGAGCACUUUAGUCGUUAAUCUUAGAAAGUAACAUAUAUGAAGGAGUUAUCACCGAAGGAGUUAUCACUCGCACUAUGCGCUUCGUUCAAGCCGGUGGUUUUAAUAAUGACAAUAUACCUUGUUUGUAUGACAAUCUACCUUGUUUGUAUAUCUUGUUUUGUCAUCUUCUUUUUGAACAUUCGCAGUUGUUGCUAUAAACAGUCAACUCGCUGCUUUCGAGAACGAAAUUUAUCAGCAUGGAACAAAUUUACGAACAGAACGUUUCUUGAAAACGCUACUCUAAGAGGUCCCCAAUUCAUUUGAAGCAAGUAUAUAAAAAAAGUCACGCACGCAUUGAACAUGCUCCGAGGAAGCUCCUGUAGACUGAAGCAUCAAAUUUCUUUCGGAUGAUCGUUGUAUGAAACUCUAUAUAACAUUAAUUGAAUUUACGCAGUGUUCGGGUCUCAGUACGACUCGCACCUGCGCAACAGUUGUACUUAGGUUCUUGUUAUCUCGCCCAGUGGGAAUGGUUGCGAACCCUCUAAGAGCUGGAUUUGUGUGCACCGACGAGGUCGCAUUUUCGCGACAGAAUUGUUUGUUCGCGCGAGUUCCUGCUGAGAAAACUUAGAGUCGGACUUGACGAGUGAGUCGCACAGUGUUAUGUUUUGUGCCGUUAGAACACAGUCAGUGGUUUUAUUUUUGCACAGUAUCUAUCUUUUUUUUUUUUUUGGUUUGCUUUAAGGUCGCACAAACCGCAAAGUGUGUGUCAGUGUUCUGAUCAUGAAUAGUGAGUCACCUUGUUACAAUAAAGAGAGACGACUCUCACCAA